CAGCCCGUUUCCAAAAUAAGAACAGUUGUAGCCGAACAAAAGCCCAUCAUCCCAUCAAAGUAUAAAAUCCAACGCAUACCGCUCCGAAGCCCUCUAGGGUUCUUGUAACAAGCUUCAGCUGCUCGUUUCUGUAUCGACGCCGCGGCAAAUCCACCAUGGUGAACGUUCCCAAGACGAAGAAGACCUACUGCAAGAGCAAGGAGUGCAAGAAGCACACCCUGCACAAGGUCACACAAUACAAGAAGGGCAAGGAUAGUCUUGCUGCUCAGGGAAAGCGUCGUUACGAUCGCAAGCAGUCUGGCUAUGGUGGACAGACAAAACCAGUCUUCCACAAGAAGGCAAAAACUACUAAGAAGAUUGUGCUGAGGCUCCAAUGCCAGGGUUGCAAGCAUGUAUCCCAGCACCCGAUCAAGAGGUGCAAGCACUUUGAAAUCGGUGGAGACAAGAAGGGGAAGGGAACAUCUCUGUUUUAAAUGCAUUGCUUUGGCUUGUACUGUUAUGUUACGAAUGUUGUUGAAGCUUCAAAGCAAAUAUGGAUGAAUUGUUUCAAGUUUUUGUUAGUUUUACGUUGAACAUCGAUGCGUUUGUGACACUAAUUUAACUAUCAGUUGAGAUUGAGAUUAGAGUAACAAUGCAGCCUUCGCCGUGA